UUUUUUUAUAUAUCAGUUUUUAUUUUUUUGCUUUUCUUAAUGUAGUUUUUUUUUCAGAAUUUCAUGUUUCAAUUUAUUAGUGUUUUCCAAAUAUUUUUAUAUUUUUCCUGUAGUAGGAUAAACAUUUUUUAAACUUUUCUAAACAAAGUUUUUAACUUCCCUAUUAAUUACUGGUUGAUAUUUGCAAAAUUAUUGACGUCUUAAUCGGUGAAUGGGUUAUUUAUCGACACUUAUUAUAACAAUUAAACGCCUACAAAAUAAUCCCAUGUUGUUUCACUUCUUAUUUUAUGUAAAUUUGGCAUGAAAUAAACCGAUCGCGCCUCAUUUAACUCCCGUGUAAUGAAUUUCAAAAUUACUCCAGAUUACAAGUGUAAGUGUUGUGGUCCAGUCUUCUGAAACUGAAAUGUCAGAGAUAAGGCGUUCAUUACGUUUACAAAGCAAGAAUCAUUUCGUCAAAACUGAGCCAAAGGCAAGGAGAAAGAUAUUACGGUCUUUUGGUAGCUUUGACGUCCCUUUUAACAACUGUAAAUACAAAUACCGCGGUUGCAAGGAACGCUUCCCUGAAGAUGAGCUCAAAAGGCAUGAGCUGGAAUGCCACUUUCGUUGGUACAAAUGCGAGGGGAAAAUAUUUGCGGGAUGGUCCUGUAACUGGAAAGGCUAUCACGAGGACAUCAUGAACCACUUCAAGAAGGAGCACCGGGAAAGAACCUACAUGAAAGACCAAAACGUUAUAGAAAUGUCGCUGAUCCUGGACCAGGACUCGUACGAUUUGCAAUUGAUUCGAAAGCGAAAGCAGCUUUUCUGGUUCAAACACCGACUUUUGAGUGAGGAGAAGGCGGCGUAUUGGUUGUGUCAAUACGUAGGGCCGCAGAAAGAAGCACUAACUUACUGUUACGAGCUGGUUGUGAGCAGUAAUGAAGUACGGAAAUUUGCGGUAACCGAAUUGUGUUACACGGAUGCUUUAGACGCGAAUAAAAUUUACGAAGCCGGAAGGUGUGUCGUUAUGACGUUCGAUCAGAUUAAGAGUUUCAUGAAUGGAGAGGGGAAGGUAACAGUUUAUUUCAGGAUCAAGAAGAAUGUUAAGGCGAAGAAUAUAAAAUAUGAACAAAUCAAUGCUGAAAUGUAUUUAAAAUGAAAUAAAUAAUGUCGUGUUUUGAAUUUUAAA